AUGUUCAACGCCAGCCUGGCCUCCCCCGCGGGCCUCGGCGGCGUCGAGGCCGGGCAGGUCGUGCUGCCCCGGCCCGCGCAGGCGAGGCUGCGGCACCUGCACUCCUUCCUGUGGCACACGGCGUACGGUGCCCUGCCCGGCGGGGCCCCGGUGCCCGUCGCCCUGCAGCCUCCGGGGGCCGUGCCGCACCUGGUGGAGCACCACCACCAGAGGGGCCGUCUGUUGGCCAGCCGCACCUGCGACACCGUGCGCGUGGAAGGCAUGCUGGUGAACUGGACGUUCCACCGGCUCGGCGGGAGCGGCCCGGGCGAGGGCUCCGCCGGGCAGUCGCCCGCGCGCGGAGGCCUCGCUGCGGGCGCCGCGGCCGCGGGUGCGGGCGAGGCGCCGGCGCCGGCGGCGGACGACGCCAGGGCCUCCAGCAGCGACUUUCUCCACUGCUGGGCGCGGCCAGAGCGCUACUUUCUCGCGCUGGAGGCGCAGCUAGCCGCGGCGGAACGCGCCCCUGCGGAGGAGCUCCAGGGCUGGGACGCCCUCCUCUCGGCGAGCUCCGACUGCCCGUGCCACGGCGCCUUCGGCUGCCGCAGCGGCUCUGGCGCCUGCGUUGCGCGCCUCGCCUCGGGCGAGGCCUGCCCCGCGGGCUCGGGGGCCUGCCCGGAGGUGCCGCCGGCGCUGGAGCCCGCGGGCAAGCCGGCCUUCGCCGCGCCGCCGGAGGUGUGCGCCUUCGCCUACCACCGCCGCGCGGCCUCUGCCGGGGCGGUGGAGGCGAUGCACGUGCUGUCGCACGCGUACAGCAAUGGCAUCCGCGGCGUGCCCACCGACGCUGCCGAGUUUUCUCUUCUUCCACCCUCGCGUGGAGCCGCCGGGCGAUGGAGGCGGGGGACGCCCGCGGACGCUUCGAUGUGGCUUACUCGCUGGAAUUCGGGCUGGGCACGGACGCGGACCCGGAGCGGGCCUACGCAAUGUACCGCGACCUUCUGCAGACGCCCGACGCCGAGGGCCCCGAGCUGGCCGCCAAGGUCACGUCGGCGCUCGCGCUGCUCUCGGCCUCCGGGCGCUACCUCGCCAGCCGGCUGCUCGGCGGCGGGGAGCACUGGAGGCGCGCCCCGUGGGCCGCGGGCGGCGCGGCCGCCGAGGCCGAGAGGGAGUGA